CACUAACUGGAUGACGUGUGUGUUGUGGGUCCUUCGGACUUCCGGGUGUGUGCACACAGGCAGCUGACUGAGUCGCCUCGUAGAGAAAAAUGUCUAAAGUCACGUUUAAAAUCACGCUGACGUCGGACCCCCGGCUGCCGUACAAAGUACUAAGUGUUCCAGACAGCACACCAUUCACAGCAGUUUUGAAGUUUGCAGCUGAGGAGUUCAAAGUGCCAUCAGCAACCAGUGCAAUAAUUACAAAUGAUGGAAUAGGAAUCAACCCUGCCCAGACAGCAGGAAAUGUGUUUCUAAAACACGGCUCGGAGCUUCGCAUCAUUCCCAGAGACAGAGUGGGAGGACAAGUAGACUGAUGCUGCGUUUCCUCGUUGACGGCGUAAUGACUCAUCCGGCAGAAUCAUAUAACACUUGAGACCCGGGAAACUCCUCAGCGUUUGACGUAAUUAUUUCUGUGGCCCACAACUGACAGUGACUCACAUGAGAAUAUAUAUAUUUAAACUUGAUGACGACUUGCACUCACACUUGCAUGGUCCCUGCUUCUUCAGUCGUUUUAUUUCCAUCUGUUAGUGUUGUUCCAUCUGAAGUUUGGAAUGAUUACCCAGAAUUCCCAGAAAUUCCAUGCAAUCAUUGUAGAAGAGCAGAGCAGCUGCAUCGUGGGAUACGUUUUAGCAAAGAUCAAGAAACAACUGAGUCAACAGUAGUUUUUGUACCUUUGUAAAUGACAAUAAACAAUCAGUAUGACUAACAGUACAUGCUUUAAUUUCUUUUUAAUAGCAGUGUGAAUAUAUUAAUGAAUAUAUUAAUGUAGACGAUAAAGUUUGACAUGCUUUUAAUGACCAUUUUCUUGAAUGUUGAUGUUGUUAAAAUGUCUGUUCACAUUGUUUCUUUUGCUGUCCGGCAUCUAUAAUAAAGAUAAUUUCAUUUCAUCAUCCAU